AUGGUCUCCCAAGUAGACCUUCAAAAGAGGAUUGUUGAAGUAAGAUCACGCCUUCAAUCCAACCCCAAUACUACACCAGGAAAACCGCCCCUCACCCCACCAGCAACCGCAAACCUCAUCGACCACACUCUCGUCAAAACCGACGCGGCCAAAGACCAGAUCGAUCGCCUCUGUGACGAAGCCAAACGCCAUUCCUUCUGCACAGUCUGCGUCCGCCCGCAAUGGGUCAAAUGCGCCAGCACCCAGCUGGCUAUCGCUAAAAUCGGCGUCGCAUGCGCUGGCAAAUUCGUGGAGGUUUUCGAUGACAUUGCCGCUGUUCAGCGAGCCACGCCCGCGUUACUCAAAGUGAUUCUCGAGACUUCGCAAUUGACGGAGGAUGAAAUUGUUGCGGGCUGUGUCGUUGCGGUCUUGGCGGGUGCAGAUUAUGUGAAAACGAGCACGGGGUUUUGUGGUCCCGGGGCGACGGUAGAGGUGGUGAGGUUGAUGAGGAGGGUUGUUGAAGCUGUUGCUCCGGGUGGAGGGGUGGGGGUGAAGGCUAGUGGUGGCGUCAGGACGUUUAAAGAUCUUAUGGGCAUGGUAGAAGCUGGAGCCUCGAGGAUCGGGACUAGUAAUGGGGUGGCUAUCAUGGAAGAGAGUACGGUCGCUGGUGUCGGCGGUGCUGAACCCUUAUCAAAGACAGAAGGUGAGUGUCUUUCUUCUGCAGAGUCGCCAUGCGGGCUUUUGACCUUGAUGGGUUCUAAGAAUGAGUACUGA